AUGACAAUCCAUAAGCCCACCAUGAAUGUGUUAAAAUACAACCACUCUGGUUGUAUACAGCCACUCCCUGGUGGUCUAGUGGUUAGGAUUCCGCACUUUCACUGCAGGGGCCGUGGGUUUGAUCCCUGGUCAGGGGAGUUCCACAUGCCUUGUGGGGUGGCCGGAGCUGGGGGGAUGAUACAUUCUGUGAGAUUCUCGGGAGUUCUAGAAGAUUCUCUUUCCAAUGUUGGCAUUAUUGCCAAGAUUUUCAGAGUGAAAAAGCUUCUCACUUCUUCUUGUCUCUGCAUGUGUCUGGUGUAUAAUAGACACCAAAGAAAUACUUACUGA